AUGGCGUUUAUUACUGAACUAUGGGAAUCCGUAUUCACUCCUGGUACUAGCCCCGCGUUAAUUAAGGCUACGCAUGGCUCUUUCAUUCUAUUAAUUAUCUCAUUAAUUUCAUUGAUAUAUUUAAGCGGUUCAAUACAUUUUAUAAACUUAUUAAUUAUUGCCCUCUUCUUAUAUGGAACAGUAGUUUGGUUUAUCAAUGAGUUGCAGCAACUUAAGCUGAAGGCCAAUGAGGAGCUGGGAGAGCCUGUGAAUGACGGUUCCGAGGAGUUAACAUCGAAACAUAAAAGUUUCAAUCGUCUUUCAAAUGCACAUUCAGCGACAGAAGAAGCGGUUGACAAAGAUAGCCGCUUAAAGUCUGAUAGUACAAGCACUUCAAUAGACAAAAAGCUGGUUCCUUUGAAAAGAAAGACUUAG